AUGGGGAAGGCCUACCACAAGAAGUUAGGCGUGCACAAGACGGCCACCGCCGGCACGGGCGCCGGGAAGGGCAAGGUCAUGAGGGCCGGGAAGGGCAAGGGGGCCGGAGCGGGAGGAGGCGCGAAGGCAGUAGGUGGUGCUGGGGGCUGGGGAGGCGCGUCGACGUUCUCUGCCGCCGAGCAUAGCACCUUCGAGACGGUAAGCUGGCAAACUUACCGAUCAUUAACCAUUACGCAUUCUUCCACGACGGCCACCGUCGGGGAAGGGAAGAGCAAGGGCGCCGGCGACGGCAACGCUAAGCGCUCCGGAGCUAUAAAAGGUGCAUUAUUCUCUCCCACCGCCCAUGGCUCCUUUGAGACCGACCAUAGCACCUUUGAUACAGCCACGCAGACCAUGAAUGAGCACUACGAUGAGGAGGAGAACCUCGGUUUGACCAUGGAUUAUCAGGAAGAUGGCAUGCAGGACCAUGAACUAGUGUCUGAUGUAGACGCCGAAGGCGAUGAUGGCAGUGGCGGUGGUGGUCAUGAUGACGUCGGGGUUGACGACUAUGAUGAUGUCAGUGCCGGGAGUGACCACUUCAGAGACGAUGACUACUACUACGACGACGUUGUCGGGGGAUUUGACGAUGGCUACGAUCCAGGUGAUGCUGGGGAUGGAGCUGACGACUGGUGGUAG